AGUCAACUUUGGGAGGACUAUUUGUUUCAGCUUCCCUGAGUGAUGGAUGGAGACAUACUCACUGCCUCUUUGGUGCCCUCUGGGAAGACACUAAAUUCUAGCAUGACCCUGGAACAGAAAACAACAUUUUCCUUUGUGAUUUUGCUAUUUAUUUUCUUGAGAAUCCUGAUUUUUGCUCCUUGAAUUCUCCUUGACCUGUACCAGAGUAUGCCAACAUCAGCCUGGGCAGUUGGACUUGAUGGUCUGGAGACAGGACAGUGUGACUAUGCUCUUGCUUGGAGACUGAGAAUUAUGAAGGCUUACAUUUCUCAAAAAAUUAAAGACUUCUCCUCAGAGGGAGGUCAUGACUCUGAUCAAGGGAAUGUAGGACAGUGUUCAAGUGACGCAACUGGACUCUUGUGUGAGGUUUGGAAGUUACUAACUGAGGACUAUUUUGGAGACUUGGCUGGCUAG